GAAAUAAAGGCGGAGGGCGGGAUCACCGAGCGCGGAACGGAAGCGUCGGAAACAAAAACAAAAAAAUAACCCGCGCGCCCUGAGACGAGUUCAGCGUCACCGGUCCUUCUUAAAGUGCCUUCGGUGCGUCUGCAGCGAUGCCCAGAGGAUUUUUAGUCAAGAGAAGUAAGAAAGCGGCGCCCGUGUCGUACCGGAUCCGCGCGGAGCCCGAGGCCGAGCCGGAGCGCGAGCAGCUGCAGCCACCGAGCGACGCGCCGCACUCAGCAUCAGCACCGGCGCGCGCGGACACUCUGAGCCACGCCCCCAGACCGGUGCGCUUCGGAAACCCGGAGUCGGUGUGCCAGUCGGUGUACAGCCCCACGCGCCCUGUGAGCCGCGAGCACGAGCGCGUCUCCCUCGAGCGCCGUUUCGACCUCGGCUCGCCCGUCUCGGCGGAGUCCUUCCCGACGCUCAACAGCUUCGAAGCUCAGCAGCACCUCGCGUGCGCGCCCGUGGACCUAAAGAUCGGCGCGAGCGACAGCAACCGGAUCGCGAGCAAACGAGCCGCGGCUGAGCCCGAGCGCAAGAGCAAACCGGCGCCCAAGAAAACCAAAGCCAUCAGGAAGUUGCAGUUCGAGGACGAGGUCACGACCUCACCGGUUCUCGGGCUGAGGAUCAAAGAGGGUCCGGUUGAGCAGAAGCCGAGCGCGCGCUCCGGUGUGGACAAGCCACUCGGCGAGUUCGUGUGCCGCCUGUGCGGGGAGGCGUAUGCGGACCCGUUCGCCCUCGCGCAGCACAGGUGCUCCCGCAUCGUGCGCGUCGAGUACAGGUGCCCCGAGUGCGACAAGGCGUUCAGCUGCCCCGCCAACCUCGCCUCGCACCGGCGCUGGCACAAACCCAAGCAGCUGAGCGCGACGGGAAACGACGGCACCGACAAGAAACCCCGCGCGCCCGACGACACGAAUAAGGAUGUGCAAGGUGAGCUCGAGCGGGAGCGCGACACGCCCAGUCCCGGAGCCUCCGAGUCGGGUUCCGACUCCGACGGUGUGUACGAGUGCCAGCGCUGCGCGAGGAAGUUCAAACGCCAGGCGUAUCUGAAGAAGCACGUGCAAACCCAUCACGCGCAGCUGAGUGCGAGUCGCGAGAGUCACGCGCCGUCGCAAGAGGCCGAGACGAAGCGGCCGGAGCACGCGCAGGCGCCGCUGGACUUGAGCGCGUGCCCCGUGUGCGGGGAGACUUUCCCGAGUCGCGUGGCGCAGGAGAGGCAUGUGCGCGUGCAGCACGCGUCUCACGUGUUCCCGUGCAAACACUGUCCGGCCGCGUUCUACAGCUCCCCGGCGCUCACGCGCCACAUCAACAAGUGCCACCCGUCAGAAAACCGGCAGGUGAUCCUGCUGCAGGUCCCGGUGCGGCCCGCCUGCUGAACAGCCCGCGUGCCUUUACACACACAGCCAACACUCGGCGGCGCGUGCAGGAGGAAAACACACACACACACACACACACACACACACAGCUAUCGAGCCUCGCGCUUGACAUUUCCACGAUAUCGUAGUUUUUAUCAGCAUGAAGUGCACAGCGGAAAGAUUAGGUGUUCAUUUCACACAGUGCGGAAUUAACACACACACACAGACACACAGAUACAGACAGACAGACACACACAGAUACACACAGACACACACACACAGAUACACACAGACAGACAGACACACACAGAUACACACAGACAGACACACACAGAUAGACAGACACACACACAGAUAGACACACACACACACAGAUAGACACACACAGAUACACACAGACAGACAGACACACACAGAUACACACAGACAGACACACACAGAUAGACAGACACACACACAGAUAGACAGACACACACACACAGAUAGACACACACACACACAGAUAGACACACACAGAUACACACAGACAGACAGACACACACAGAUACACACAGACAGACACACACAGAUAGACAGACACACACACAGAUAGACAGACACACACACACAGAUAGACACACACACACGACCAGGUGAUGACUUUCUUUAACACUGGCGGUUAAUCAUCACGGUCUCGUGCACAUGCGAACUCAUAAGACUCAGCUGGGGUUGAGUUCUCACUCCCUCACUCACUGCAGGAGAACAGGGUUGGAUUAAUGCAAUAGUGUUAGUGAAGACAACACUGUCUCAAGUUCACUAAUGAAACAGUGCAGGUGGUCACAGCAUGGGAGAAGGUCGAGACCCCAAGAUCUGUUACAGGCAUAACUUCACUAAGCGUAUUUAUUUAUUUAUUCGACUCUUUUCUUACUUUAACACAAUCAGAACAGAUUUUUUAUGAUACUAAACAGUAAAUCAGUAACACAGACCCAACAAACACUUGACCGUGAGUGCAGCAGAAAAAGAAGUAAAGGAUCUGAAAGCUGCAACUCAAACCUCAAACAUCACAAUAAGAAACAACGAAGAAACAAAAACAUGCUCUGGGAGGAGACCAACAUUUUCUAUGGUCUUAUCUCAGGCUGUGGAUUUCUCC